ACUGUGACCAUCCCAGGCACAGAAAAAUACCUCACGUUGUGUGAAGUCCAAGUGUUUGGUCUACCAGUAAAUUCUUCUGACCUCAUGCUCAAUGAAACUCUGGGUCCAAGGAUCCCCAAUGGAGAUCAUUUUGAAACAGAUAUAUGGAUCAUCCUGAAUAACUCUAGAGCAGCUCCUAAUGUAGCCCUGGGGAAAACAGUCUCCCAGUCCAGUGCCGGAGAGAUUGAGGACAAUCCUAGGAGGGCCAUUGAUGGAUCUUUAUUGAACCAUUCCCCGAGCCACCAGUGCUCACAAACACGCAGAGAUUUCCAGCCAUGGUGGACAGUGGAUUUGAACGCAACAUUCAUUGUGUCCUCAGUGGUGAUCACUAAUCGAGGCGACUGUUGCAAAGAGAGGAUCAGUGGUGCAGAGAUUCGGAUUGGGAACUCACCAGAGCUUGGUGGGACACUGAACCCCAGGUGUGCUACAGUUGAUUCCAUGGAGCUUGGGCAAACACUCUCAUUUGACUGUCAUGGAAUGCAAGGGUGUUAUGUGACUAUGACCAUCCCAAGGCGAGCUGAGUACCUGACUCUGUGUGAAGUGCACGUGUUUGGUCUGCCAUUGAUUUUCCCUGGUGAAACACUCCGAGCACCAAAGACAACAACAGGAGGCUACCUGAGCAUUGAGGCUGACUGGCUGAUGCCACUUCCCAAAACUAGCCCUGAACAGAAUCCAGUAAAACAGAAAGACAAGGCCACAAGGAGUUGUGAAAACAGCCAUUUUUUCCACGCUCACAGUCCCACGGGGAGGAAUGCUGCAGACAAGAUCAAGCACAAAUCAGCUGAAAUUGCUGCAAUGUCCAUCGGGAUGAUGGUGAUACUAGAGCUGUAAUCAUCCUCCGUGAUUUACAGAAAAUAGUCUUCUGUAGGCUAGAAGGCCUUGUCUUCACAGGCAAAGAUAAUGUGUUGCCAGUCAUGCUUGUUCAAUGACGUCGGCUCAUCACAGCUGAAAACCCUGAUAACUCUUAUUAAAAGGCAGGUUAACACAU